AGUCCCACCGUUUCCCCCCUUUCCCUUUAUUUUUCCAUCCUUUCUCUCUCCCUCUGCCAUUCCCAUUUCAUCCUUUUUCUAUUGGAUUGCCCAAACAGAAUCUUUUUUAAAGAAAAAAAAAAAUGCCGACAUUGGAUGAGGAGCUGUUUCCCUCCACCCCUGGUAAAUUCAAAAUCGAACAGAGAAGCUACGGAAUCAACCGCCAGUUCUACCGCUUUUUCGCUUCCACCAGCACCAUGUUCUUGUGGGCUCUUUUCCUAAUCGCUCUCACCGUCUCCUACCUCAGCUUCCAGAGCUUCGUCCAUUCCGGUACCCGCCAUAUCUCCACCUCAUGGGGCGGUCGCCAAUGGGAGAAACAAGUCCGCACCUCCGCUGAGAUCCACCGCGCCGCCGGUAUGUCUGUACUCGUCACUGGAGCUUCCGGUUUCGUCGGCACCCACGUUUCUUUAGCGCUCAAACGACGUGGAGACGGCGUGGUUGGGCUUGACAAUUUUAAUAAUUACUACGACCCUUCGCUCAAAAAGGCUCGCAAGGCGCUUGUUAAUCGUCACGGUGUGUUCGUCGUUGAGGGGGAUGUUAACGACGCGCGUUUGCUCGAUAAGCUUUUCGACAUUGUUGCUUUCACGCACGUGAUGCAUUUAGCGGCCCAAGCUGGCGUCAGAUACGCAAUGGAGAAUCCGCAUUCCUAUGUGCACAGUAACAUUGCAGGCCUGGUCACGCUUCUCGAAGCUUGUAAAUCCGCAGAUCCCCAACCGGCCAUUGUUUGGGCUUCUUCCAGCUCGGUCUACGGCCUGAACGAGAAGGUCCCGUUCUCCGAAUUGGACCGGACCGACCAACCAGCGAGUCUCUACGCGGCAACGAAAAAAGCCGGUGAGGAAAUUACCCACACUUACAAUCAUAUCUACGGCUUGUCCAUCACCGGGUUGAGAUUCUUCACCGUGUACGGUCCAUGGGGUAGACCCGACAUGGCGUAUUUUAUGUUUACAAGGAAUAUUCUUCAGGGGAAACCGAUUACGGUUUACCGUGGGAAGAAUAAGGAGGAUUUGGCCAGGGAUUUUACCUACAUUGACGAUAUUGUGAAGGGGUGUUUGGGUUCGCUCGACACAUCUGGUAAAAGCACCGGAUCGGGCGGGAAAAAGAGGGGACAGGCGCCGUAUCGGAUCUUCAAUUUGGGGAAUACGUCGCCAGUGACGGUGCCGGCGCUUGUGAGCAUUCUGGAAGAGCAUUUGAAGACGAAGGCGAAGAAGAAGAUAGUGGACAUGCCUGGAAAUGGCGACGUUCCGUUCACCCACGCGAAUAUAAGUUCGGCCCAGGUGGAGUUCGGGUAUAAACCAAGAACCGAUUUACAAUCCGGGCUGAAGAAGUUCGUUCGAUGGUAUUUGUCUUACUAUGGGUACGAUCAGGGGAGAACGGCAAAUUAAGGGACGUCGUUUUGAAUGAUAAGGCGGGGGAAAGAGAGGAAGUGAAAUGGAGGGGAUGUCUUAUAUGUUGUAUGGUAAACAUUGUGUGUAAAGCGAAGUUCGAAUGCAUUUAGGUUCUGGACGUGUGAUCAAAAGAGAGAAGCCAUCUUCAUCUUCA